UGGCCGUGUCAUUUUUGCUUUGUCCAAUGGAUUGGUGAGUUUCCCAUAGGGGGGAGAGUUUUUCCGAGUAGAGAGGGGAUGUUUCUUCGCGGCCCUGGAAGGUGAAGAGAAAAAGAGAGACAAUCGUUGUUGAGAGGUGAACGAGUGGAGUGUGUGCAAAGUAAAACCGUACUUACGAAUCAAAGGAAAAUCUAAGGAUGAAACGUUACUCGAUGGGCCGACCGUUAACCUUUAGGGAACCGACCCCACCGUCCGGACCGCCUUCUCCAGAAAGUAAUGGGUCGACGCUCAGCCUGUCGGCAGACUGGGAGGUGCCGCAGGAAAGAAAAAGGGACGCCGGGACCAGCACAGAACCGCCAGCCACCAGGACCGUGGGUACCGGUGGAUAUCAUGUCUACCUGGGGUUGGGCCCCCGAAGCUGUUGGCGGUGUGGCAACGAAGGCCACCGACGAGAACACUGCGGAGGGGAGCGGGUGAAAUUUUGUUCUAGGUGUGGCUGCGUGGGUGUGCUAUCACGGGAUUGCUGUGCCCGAACCACCGACCGUGACAGAAGACCGCCCUUAACCACCGUCAGCCAGCGAGGAACCCCGAGCCGGAGCGGACCCUCAGGAAGCAGGGCAGAGGCCGUACUCCCGGAUCUCCGGUUGAGGCCCGCCACACCGACGCCGGCACCGACGCCUGUACCGACGCCUGUACCGACGCCUACACCGACGCCUGAACCGACGCCUGCACAGACGCACAUACCGGUACCGUCCAAACCGUCGCCGCCCACACCGUUGCCGACCCCACCGAAAAAGAAGGUGAAAGUGGAUUGAGACCGUUAAAUCAUUACCGUAAAAGACAAAACACCGUUGUUCAAUACCGUUAUUUCCGUUGAAUAAAUACCGUUCCGAAA